CUCCAAGUCCCUCUUCCCCAAACCCCCUCCCAUCUCCUUCCCGAAGCCCCUCAUCCCCUUCCCCCAGCCCCCUCCACCAUGAUUUUGCUGAGCUGCUUCUUGCACCUGCGGCCCCGGCACUGCAGCCCCUUGGCAGGGCUGGGCAGGGGGCUCGGCCCCGCCGGGGGGUCCCGCAGGGCCCUGCGGGUGCUGGUGGACAUGGAUGGGGUGCUGGCCGACUUUGAGGGAGGCUUCCUCAAGAAGUUCAGGGCCAGGUACCCCGACAAGCCCUACAUUGCCCUGGAGGACCGGAGGGGCUUCUGGGUGUCGGAGCAGUACGGGCGCCUGGGACCUGAGCUGAGUGAGAAAGCCAUCAGCAUCUGGGAAUCCAAGAACUUCUUCAUUGAGCUGGACCCGCUCCCUGGGGCUGUGGAAGCUGUGAAGGAAAUGGCAAAUUUGGCAGACACCGACGUGUUCAUCUGCACAAGCCCCAUCAAGAAGUACCGCUACUGCCCUUACGAGAAGUAUGCCUGGGUGGAGAAGCACUUUGGCCCUGAGUUUCUUGAGCAGAUCGUUCUGACGCGGGAUAAGACAGUGGUUUCUGCUGACCUGCUUAUAGAUGACAGACCUGAUAUAACAGGGGCCGAGCUGAACCCCACCUGGGAGCACGUGCUCUUCACUGCCUGCCACAACAAGCACCUGCAGCUGAAGCCCCCCAGCCGCCGGCUGCACUCCUGGUCCGAUGACUGGAAGGCCAUUCUGGACAGCAAACGCCUCCCACCCGGCCAGGCCACCUAAACACUGGCCUCCCACGGCCACCUGGGGCUGCAGCCACCCCCUCGUGUCCCUGUGGAGUCCUGCUGAAGGCCAAAAGCAUGGAUGGACAGACAGACAGAUGCUGUCCCUGCUGUGGAGAAGAAGAGGAGGGUGAGCUGAAGCACCACAGCCACCUGGACCUGGAAAACAGACCCCAGCCCAGCUGUGCCACAAGAGACCAGCAGCAGGAUUGGCCCUGUGGACCUGACAGCCUGGCCAGGGGGCAUUUCCCACUGGCUCCUGGGGUCUCUGUGCUGCAUCUGCACCCCCCACGAGGCCAGCCUGGCAUUUCUGAUGGACAAGGUCCCCCUCAGCGUGUCACUUCCCUUGUCUGGUGCACUGCAGGGCACAGACCAGCUCUCUACCCUCCCCUCUGCGUUACAGUCGGGGAUCACGUGGGUGAUUUGUUUUGUCCACAGGCUUUCAUCACAAGGGGCUGCCUCGGGGGUGUUUUCCCUCCCAGUGCCUGGAUCUGCAGAGAGGGGUGGCUGGAAGGGCUGGGGGAGCAGGUGGAUGCUGCCCAGGCUCCCUGCACUGGCUCAGCUGGGCUGUUUCUUGCAGCUGAUGCAAUGGGAUGGCUAAGUGCUUCCCUGCUGGAAGAGUCCCUGCAGGGGGAUAUGGGGACAGUACCAUUCCUUCCAUGGAUCAGGCUGUGCAGAGAGAGCCCUUGAGGCACUGUCACACCUGAGAUGUAGCCAUCCUCCAGCUGGUGGAAGGGAUCCCCACUUCUCCUCCUCCCCAAGAAGCUGCCACAGCUUCAGAGCUGGGGCUUUAGAGCUGAUUUGGGAUGAAGAGUGGGGCUCUUCUCCCAGCUGCUCAUCGCCCAUGAAUCACUCAGAGCAUUUCUGGAGCAGCAAACAUCCCAAAGCCUUUGGUGUGGAGCUGCCUGGGAAGAUGCCACUGGUGGGGGGAAGCUGGACUGGUGGAGGAACUACAGCAUAGCUGAGAAGGGGGUGAAGCAGAGGCCUCAUGGAUGUCCAGAGGACAGCUUUGGGGUUGUGAUUGUGGAGGAUUGUCACAACCACUUCCAUGGAUGCUGUUUGCAGUUCUCACAUGCUGCAAGGGAAGAUGUUUGGGUAGAUGUUGCUGUUAAAGGCCGGGGAGCUGGUUUCUGCUGGGGUAGAGUUAAUUUUCUUCGCAGAAAACAGCCCCAUAGCAGCUGCUGUGAAGAAAUUUAACUCUAUGCCAGCCAAAACCAGCACAGGAGCCCAUCAGUGGUGCCCAGCAGGCUGUGUCACAGAGUCAGUUUGUUCUGCAGCUCCACCACUGUCCUGGCUCUGUACGUCCAGGGUCAGAGCAUGUGCCAGCCACCACUGCCAGGUGACUGUGCUGGGCCUGAUGAGCUCUGGGAACAGCCAACGCUGCUGGGAAGCUAGAGGUGAGCACCAAAAAGGGAGUGUUUGGACCAAGGGACAGCUCCAAGAGGGAUGCUUUUGGCAUAGCUGUGCCCACAUCUUCUUCCUUCCCUGUCUGGUUCAUUCCUGCCUCUCUGAGCCCACAGCAGUCUGGCCUUGAACUGCAGCAACCUGUCUGGCACCAGAAAGCAGCCACUGCUGCUGCUCCUCUGCCCAGCCCCAAGAGAAAGGACAUCCCAGCAGCUGGGAGAGCCUGGCAUCCCCUCCCUGCCUACGGCACUGCCAUAGGACAGCCACGACCUGGCUGUCCCGAGUGGGAGCUGGCACUGGACUGCCCCAGGCAAAGCCCCAGGGAUGCACCAAGUGCAUCCCUGCUGACCCCACAGAGGCCAUCAGCCCUCAGUGCUGUGUGUCUCCACGCUGUCUGGGAUCCCACCGUGUGCUCUUGGCCCAAGGACUUGCUGGCUGCAGGGGUAAAAUUCCCCACUGGGACACAUAGCCCCAUGGGCAGAGGUGGUAGCCACGGCUUGGCUGAGAUUAGCCACCCUGUGCUCCUUGCUCACACCUUUGGCUUGGCUCUCCCCUCUCCUUUUGGCUGUCCCCAAAAGGACAUGAGCUUAAAGCUACAUAACCAACAAAUAACCCAAUUCAGCAGUGGCAGCCAGACCUCCCCAUCUGGGACCUGGAGAGGCUCUGGAAGUGGUGCUUUGGAACCUGUGCCUUCCCUGGCUGCUGCAGGAACAGGGACAGAGCCUACAUUGACUUGAGGCUUUCUGAAAGCAGUUCUUUGGGGGGGGGUGCACAAAGUUGACAUGGUUGGCCCAUGGUUGGCCCAAGGUAAUGGGAGUUACAUACCACAAGCAAUUUUUUUUUUUUUUUUCACUGUUUAAACCACUGUGUGCUUCUCUGGGUGGUGAGUUUGCUUUGGGGAGGUAUACUUGGGAUGUGCAGCCCCCUGAAAUGCAGCUCCCUGGCCAAGAGCUGCUUUGGAUGCAGGGUUUGCAGGCUGGGAGCUGGGACAAUGUGGGAGCACCAUGGGCAGCCCCCACAGCUGCUGAGCAUCACAAACCCUUCGGCUCCACCAGACCCCCACUGGCUGUCGGCCCCUCUCUGCAGCCGGGGUGGCUUCAUGGGAUCCAACCUGUUUUUUUCCCAAUGGUACCAUGUGAACACGAACUGCCCAAGCGCUCCAGAGCCUUCUCACUGCCCAUCCUCGAGCCAAAACAAGCUGGCACAUCAUUACAGCAGCUGCUCAAACCUGUCUUCUUCCCCCAAGACAGGGGCAGACCCAAGGGAUGUAGCUCUCUAGGGCCAGCAGGUCUUUUCCCUGUGCUGGGAUAUGAUGCCAGAGACACCACACGGGUUCACACCAAAUACACUUGAAAGGAGAGCUGGAGUUGUUUGUGCUUGAGGCUCUGACUCGAUGCACAGAGAUCCUGAGCAGGUAACUGGCCUGUUUGCUCCCACCACACUCGGGACCAGGAGGUGACUCUCCUUCACCGACGGAUCAGCCUGUUCAUCAUUCAAGCCCAAAUGUGUCCAGCUGGGAUACACAGAGCUGUUAUUUUUGAAUGUACAUUUAUAGACCUGAGGCAAAUGAGGAGCAUUGCAAUAAACACUGGGCUUGAUUGUCAUCCAGCUGCCUAGAAA